AUGGGAAUAGAAGGGGAAGAUGGAGUUGUGGAACCAGCAACAGGACUUCUAGGAUCCCACUUUGGAAGCUCUGACAGACUCCAGCAAAGUGGUUGGUUCAGCUCAGUCAGAUGCCCCCGCGGCACCGGACUUCCUGCACGGCUGGGAGAACCAAAUGGUGAUGCAGAUUGCCAAAUAUCUCGACAUGAUCUCGGUUCAAGAUGUGCUGUUGGCACAACAUCCAAUCAUUUGGUAAUUGAUCUCAAGUUCAUCCGGAUGCCGAUGAUGGGUUUCCUGGUUCCUACCAUCAUGUUUGCUCGUGAUCAUUUCUCACAACAAUGCUUAACCUGUGAAGAGGAGUCUAGGCCACCAGAGAGCCCCGUAAUCCUGGGCUAUGCUAAACGUCUCUGGAGAUGGCUUGUGAAGUCAGACUCGUCCGUGAUCACGGAUACGGACGAACUACCUAGCCACGAUGUUACGGUCCUCGCAAGACGGCGCAGCGUUCGUCGAGAGAUGGCAGUCUAUGUCGCAUUCGGAAUUAGUUCAGGAAGUUUGAUCGUCAUGGCAAUGUUCAUUAACGGGUGGUCUAUUGAUGAAUCUACAGAAGCGUUUGAGAAGUUGGCAAAGGUGGCCUUCAAACGUCGAAAAGUUUUAGAUAUCCCUUUCCUGUCCCGCAUAUAUGAGCUUUUGAAGUCGUACUUAGCUGAUGGACUAUACCCAGCAGAAAAUAUCGAGGCAGCAUUGCAGGCAGUCUUCGGAAAGGACAAGAGUAUCUUGGAUUACUCACAUGCAACUUCUAUAGGUGCCCGAGUAGGCUUGCCCGUCGCUACUAUCCGUGAACCAUCGAGCUGCAUUUUUACCAACUAUAACGGGGUGGGAACCCGAGACGAGGAUCAUAUAGAUCAACAGUGCUCUCGUUGCCUACGGGUUGUCGAGGAAGGCACUAAAAGGUCAUCUUGUAAACCCGAGCCUCCCAGUCUUGAGGCAACUCGCCCUUAG